AUGGGGAAUGUAACGUCGAGUGUGGCUGCAAAGUUUGCGUUUUUUCCACCAGACCCACCAACGUAUGAUGUUUACAGGGAAGAAAAUGGGAAGCUGGUUUUGCCAGGGGUCACGGCUGACAAGAACAUGGAUGUUCAUUUGCUUGAUACCAAAGGUGGUAAUAAGAUCGUAGCUACCUUUUGGAAACACCCUUUUGCCAGGUUUACCCUCUUGUAUUCUCAUGGCAAUGCCGCUGACUUAGGCCAGAUGCAUGAACUCUUCAUUGAGCUCAGAGCCCACCUACGCGUCAAUAUUAUGAGCUAUGAUUAUUCGGGAUAUGGAGCAUCCUCUGGCAAGCCAACUGAGCUCAACACAUAUUAUGACAUAGAGGCAGUGUACAAUUGUUUGAAGAAGGAAUAUGGGGUUAAACAAGAAGAUUUGAUAGUGUACGGGCAAUCUGUUGGAAGUGGACCAACUCUCCACUUGGCUUCUAAUUUACAGAAACUAAGAGGAGUUGUUCUUCAUAGUGCCAUCCUUUCAGGCAUACGGGUGUUGUAUCCUGUCAAGAUGACAUUUUGGUUUGAUAUCUUCAAAAACAUAGACAAAAUACGGCGGGUCAACUGUCCAGUUCUAGUUAUACAUGGUACAAAUGAUGACAUUGUUGAUUGGUCUCAUGGGAAGCGAUUAUGGGAACUUUCUAAGGAAAAGUAUGAUCCUUUAUGGGUAAAGGGUGGCGGCCAUUGCAACCUUGAAACUUAUCCUGAGUACAUCAAGCAUCUACGCAAAUUCAUAAAUGCAAUGGAGAAGAUUUCCAUUACGAAACCAGCAAAACAACUUACUUCUAACCCCAGUAUUACAGAAACUAAAAACAAUAAAUGCUUGAGACUUAAGAAAAGGGUAGCUGUUUCGAAAAAGGAGUGAGUUGGAACAGCUAGUUUCAUUGUCUCCUAGAAUUGAUGUUGCUUGCUUGCCUGCUUCAUGGACCAACUGACUGGCAGCCAGGGUUGUUGUGCUCGAUCUGUUUCUCUGAGAUUGUAAGCUAAUAGAGUCAUAGAUAUGUAGUCUUUUUGAUCCAGAUCUUUUUUUCAACACCAUUUAUGUGGGUAGGGAGUUCUUAGACUUUCUUAUAGCCAAAGUGUUCCAUCAGAAUAUCCCAGUGCAUAUUUGCUUCUUGGCCUAGGAUUUCAUGUAUAAUUUUACGAAGUUGGUCUGUAUAAACACUAUCAACAUUUAGAACAAAAACAAAGGAAAAAUACGUGGAUUAGUUUUGUGUUCUCCCUAUCGAUCUUAACAGAAAUACAGAACUAAUGCUCCAGCUUCAGCUUUCUACCCUAUCAAGGAACCAAUCGUAAAGAUCAAGAUCAAUUCUAGG